AUGGCUCGAACCAUUGCCAAGUCGAUCCAGCUGCGCGUCGAGUUCGUGAAGUACCGGUCCAACACGAUGGAAGCCGACUCGCCUGCCUUCCUGAGUGCUUGCGAGACUCGCAAGGAUGAGAUCAUCAAGCUUCUGCGCAGCCAAGUGGUUCCAGUCGACCAGGCCAGCAAGACCCUGAGGAUGCUGGGUGCCAGGCAGUUCUCGGAGGCCCACAUCAAUGAGAUGCAGACAGAGCUGGUGGAGAGAAUCUCCGACGACCUCGCCGCCGCAGACAGAACCUUGCUGCGCCCGUGCAACUACAUGGUUGCCUCGGACUGGGAGAAGCUCAAGAACCCAAGCCUCGACUUCAACGCGAAGUGCGUGGUUGCGAUCAAUCGGGUGUUGCGCAUCGGCUGCGCGCGCCCCUCUGGGCCCUCCUACGCGGCGCUGUUGGCGGCGAUUCUACUGGCUGGACAUCGCAGGCCAGUCGCUGAGAUGGACGUCGAGGCUAACAAAGUUAUUGGCCAGCUGAACGACCUGAAGAGCAGGUGCAAGCUCUGUGCUCGAGGGGCGUCGCAGCCGCCUUGCUCGGCGCACCCCAGCGACGCGGGCGAGUUCAAGAGGAUCCACGCCGACUUUUAUCAGAUGGCUUAUAGCGCGGAGCCUCACUGCCCCAGUAAGGUCGACGAGGCGAGCGUGGAUGGGCUCCGCAAGGUGCUGCCGGCCCGCAGGGCCCACGCGAGCGUCGCGGAGCCCAGAUCUUUGGCGACCGAGGGCAGCGGAACUCCGCGCAGGAUCAACCGCGUCAGGACGGGCUUCUGGCCAAUGGUGCAGCUGGACUUGAAGGACAACCAGGAGGCGGCGCCCGUGGAGAGUCUCAGCGUCGAGGCCAUGUCCGAGGAAUUCAGAGGCACCGUGAAGCGGAGGCCUGCAGCAGCAAAGGGUGCCGGCAACGGUGCCGGCAUGAAGCGCCCUGCUGGAACGGCAGCGACGCCUGCAAAGGCCCAGGAGACCGAGGAAAAGCAUACCCCGACAAUCAAGACCAAGAAGGAUACCCCGACAGCCACGGCCAAGAAGGAGACCCCGAAAGCCAAGGCCAAUAACGAAACCCCGACGGCGAAGAAGCUCACGUACCCUGGCACGAAGUACGCGGAUCCAGUCCGCAUCGGGGAGUUCAUCAUAUACACCGCGGUCAAGGAUCAGAAAUGGAGGGUCAAGCCCUCUUGGAGCAGGGUGGACAAGGCGUUCAGCUGGAAACUGCAUGACCCCAAGGAGGUGUGGUCUUGCGUCUGCGCUCACGUGGCCGACAAGAAGAAAUUAUCGCGAGGCUCGCCAGCGCGAGGCUCGCCGGCGCUGGCAUUCUGGACGAGGCGUAUCGGCAAUAUCAUUGGCCAUUUGGGAGCGCACGGGUAUCAGCCAGGCAUCGGCGGAGCCAACGGGUCUCGGGGCUGCCUCAUACGGGAGCAGCGCCAGGGCAGGCUAUUCGAGCGGCAGUUUGCGGCGCCCGCGAUGAAAACUGGCGACCGCGCCGUCAUGCAGCUGGCCGUGUUCGACGUGGCGGUGUGGUCCAACGCCUCUGGCGCGUACGAGCAGUACACGGACUUCGCCGGCUUCAGCCUCGCCGACAGGGCCUCUCUGACCGUCGGCCUUAAUCUGUUCGUGUACGACCAGUCUACGGUGCGCGCGGUGCUGGCCCAGGGCCGCGCCCUCACGGCUGCGGAGGCGGCGCUGCGGGUCGGCAGCAGCUCCACCGCGGCCACGUCGCCCCCUGCUGGGGAGCCGGCGCCUUUGGUCUACGAUCCAGGGCGUUCGCUGCUGGAGCUCGGGCGGGCCGGCGGCACCGCCCGGGACCCCCUCGGGAUCCUGAGCGGCGCGCGCCCAGGGGGCACUGCGGGCCCUUCGGCGUUCGCGUCGCGCGGGGGCGCCGCGUCGUUCCUCCGCAGGGAGCGGGUCCCCGCAGCGUUCGCCGACAGGCGCGGCGCCGGCUGGCAGGAGCGCGCGCAGGCCUCUGCGGCGGGCGCGCCGCCCAGGGCGGCCAGGGACGGCCCCGGGCCCUCGGGCGGACAGCAGGCGGGGCGGCUGGACACGUCCUUCGCGGCCAAGGUCGGUAGCAGGGGAGGCUUGGGCUUGCCGGGGGGCCGCUACGACUUCGAGGCCAGGGCGCCGUGGUACCUCUACAACGAGUCCGUCGAGGGUGGCCUGGACAAGCGCGGCGCGGUGCGCGUCCCCGUGUUUAGCAGGGAGCUGGUCCAGGGCGACAGGCGGGAAAUCCGCGUGAAGAUCCGCCGCGGAGACCUGCCGGCGGGUGGCUGGGCGCAGGCGGCGCUGCGCCUGCGGUUGUCCAAGCCGCCCGACGGCCUGAAGGGCAGCAAAGGCUUGGACUUCGACCACUGGGACCGAGAGGCCUCGCUGGGGCUGGUGCUGCGAGGGAGCCCCGACGCCCAGUCUGGCGGCGGGCGCGCCAAGCUGUACAUCCCCCCCCGGGGGGACCCGGCGGCGGCCCCGGGCAGCGCGCGCCGCAAGUGGGCCUUCGAGGGGGGCAGCCGCUAACGGCGCCCCGUCCCGCCCUGCCUCGCUCCUUCUCCUCCUCCUCCUCCUCACGACCUCCCUCCUCUUCUCCUCCUCGCUCCUCCUCUGGCGCUGGCCCAGCGGACGCAAGGGUCGCCCGCGCGCGGCAGUGG